CAUUCGGAGUCAAAAUUGUUUCCUAUAAUUACUUUUGUAUGGCACAGUGCACUUUGGGACGUAAUUACUUUUUUGAAUUAUAUCUCCUUGAACUGGCUCACAUUCACUUCUUAUAGAAAUAAAGGGGUCAAUAACUACAGUCAUUCGCUAUAAAUGCCUACGGAACACAAUGAAAAGCUGCAGUAGCCAAAAACCCAAAAUUGAAUUGCCAAAUAUGUCGAACGCACAGAAAAGUAUUGCUUUAGCAUUUUCGCUUGCAGUGAUAUUAAUCGGAAAGAAUGUGUAUGGCAAUGAUUUGGGUCAAUUCAAGAAAAUUAGUUUUACGGUAGCACACGCUGGGAGUUCGCAAGCAACUAACGAGGCGUAUCAGGAAGGAAGCUAUGACAAUAACGACAUCAAUACGGGUACUGAAGAUCAUGUAAAAUUCUAUGGCAAUACUGAUCAUGAUAAGGGACAAGAGCACCAUAGCCAAGAGAAGGAUGAUGUUGAUGAUGCAAAGUAUGCUUAUAAAUAUGGUGUGAAAGAUUCAACGACUGGUGACAUGAAAGAUCAUUGGGAAAUUCGAGAUGGUGACCGCGUUAAGGGAGUCUAUGCCUUUAAAGAUGCCGAUGGCACCAAACGUGUGGUAGAAUACACUUCGGACAACAAGAAAGGCUUUGAGGCAACAGUCCACAUAAUUGGACGUGGUCAUUGACCACGAAAGUUUGCUAGAUAUGAGCAAUGUGUGGUUCAA